AUGCUAAAGUCUACCAGCUCAACAUCAUCCACCAAGAGUAUCCGCAGGGCAGCGUCCGAACUUGAACGCUCUGAUUCUGUGACGGUAAGAAGCAAUAUUAUUACUGUUUACAUAGACUGCAUUGAAGUUCUUAUGCGCUUUUGGAGAUGUAAAUCGCUACCUUCCAAUGUUCACAAGGUAAGCAAGCAGUCUCCAAGAUUUGUCGGGAGGCGACAGAGUUUGAUAGAAGAUGCACGGAAGGAGAGGGAAGCGGCGGCAGCAGCAGCGGAGGCAGCGGAGGCCAGUGAGCAAAUUGUUUUUGAGGAAGCGGACGGAAAGGCUCUGCUCAAUCUGUUUUUCACUUUGAAGAAUUCAAAGAGUCCAGCUUUAUCACGCACUUUGAAGGUGUUUGAAACUUUUGAAGCCAAGCUCAACCAUCUUGAAACCAGACCCAGUAGGAAACCCAGGGAUGGUCUUGGGGAUCUCGAUUAUUUCGUUCAGUGUGAGUUGCACCUGUCAGAUGUCAGCACACUCGUAAGCUCCCUGAAGAGGAUUGCAGAAGAUGUCAGAACCACUAAAGAAAUUAAAUUCCACUGGUUCCCAAAGAGAAUUGCAGAAUUGGAUAAGUGUCAUCAUCUAGUGACUAAGUUUGAUCCCGAUUUGGAUCAAGAUCACCCGGGAUACACAGACCCGGUGUACAGGGAACGACGAAAGAUGAUUGGAGAAAUUGCCUUCAAAUAUAAACAUGGAGAGCCCAUCCCCAGAGUGGAAUACACUGAGGAAGAGAUUGAUACUUGGAGACAGGUCUACACCACUCUUAGGGACCUGUACAACACCCAUGCCUGUAAUGAGCAUUUAGAGGCUUUCAGACUGUUGGAGAAACACUGUGGCUACAGCCCUGACAACAUCCCUCAACUGGAAGAUGUAUCCUGUUUCCUUAGAGAGCGAACAGGAUUCCAGGUGCGACCAGUUGCGGGGCUUCUCUCAGCGAGGGACUUUCUGGCUAGUCUGGCAUUUCGAGUGUUCCAGUGUACUCAGUAUAUCCGCCAUUCCUCCUCUCCUAUGCACUCUCCUGAACCGGACUGUGUGCAUGAACUCCUCGGACAUGUUCCUAUGCUGGCUGAUCGGACAUUUGCCCAGUUUUCUCAGAGUAUUGGACUUGCAUCUCUUGGAGCCUCUGAGGAAGAUAUUGAGAAAUUGUCUACACUUUACUGGUUUACUGUAGAGUUUGGACUGUGUAAACAAGGCGACACAGUGAAAGCCUAUGGGGCUGGUCUACUAUCCUCCUAUGGGGAACUGGUGCAUUCCCUCUCAGAUGAACCAGACAGACGAGAGUUUAACCCAGAGGUUGUAGCUGUCCAGCCUUACCAAGACCAGACCUAUCAACCUGUCUACUUUGUGUCUGAGAGUUUUGCUGAUGCCAAAGAGAAACUGAGAGUGUAUGCGACGAACAUCAAGAGACCAUUUUCGGUGAGGUUUGAUCCAUACACUUCCAGCAUCGAGGUUUUGGACAAUCCUCUGAAGAUCCGUGGGGGGCUGGAGACAGUGAAAGAUGAGCUUAAGCUUCUCACAGAUGCCCUAAACGUGCUUGCGUGA